UAUAAAGUUCGAAGCUUUGGAAGUAAAUCCUGUACAUGUCAUCGAGAGAUACAUCAAAUGUCCUCUCCUCGUGUGUAUGAUGAAUGAGGAGAAUUCUGGGUUAGCAUCCUGACUGAAGGUCUAUGUUAUAGUACCUAAGUAUGCAAGCUCUUGUCAAGAUGGCCACAAUGCAUCGUCUUAAUAUGACAGAUCUUCUGGACCAUUUCAAACAGGGUACUCUAACAUGUGAAGCCUACACACGGGGGGCCAUCAAGCGGGCCGAGGAACUAAAACACUUCAACUAUUUCGUCUCAAUGGAUACAGACAGGAUGUUGAAAGAAGCCAAGGACUCAGAUGUCAGGUACAAGGCCAAUACCAACCGGGCAGUAGAGGGAGUCCUUAUUGCCAUCAAAGAUAAUAUCGAUGUUGAAGGUGAAGCGACUGGAACUGGUACCCCAGGUUUAGCCCAGCUCAGACCCAAGACAACCGCUGAGGUUGCUAGGAGGCUCUUCGAAGCAGGAGCCAUCCACGCCGGUCGGACUAAUAUGCACGAACUAGCUCAUGGUCCUCUCACAGUAAACUCACACACAGGGUCAAGUCAUAACUUCUAUAACUUCGAUUACACUUGUGGAGGCAGCAGUGGCGGUAGCGGUGGGGCCGUUGCGGCGGGUAUCGUCCCGGUGGCCCUGGGUACGGACACGGCCGGAUCGGUCCGGGGGCCGGCGUCUUACAACGGUGUCUUCGGAAUGCGCCCUACCGUCGGGCGAUGGCCUCCAGACUUUGGUGUCAAGUCGACGCAUCUGAGGGACACAGUCGGCCCUCUUGUGACAAGUGCCACGGACAUCGCCAUUUUGGAUCACGUGAUGACCGGGGAAGAGCCUCACAAGGAACUGCUACCCGGUGACGUCAGGAUUGGGGUAAGCAGACCGCAUUUCUGGAAGGGUUUGGACGCCGAAGUGAAGGAAUACGCUGAGAAUUUUGUAUUGACUUUAAAACAGAAAGGAUUUGUGGUGGUUAUUGUCGAUGAGGGAGGGAUUCUUGGCGUGGAUGAGAUGUUCGAUCAGUAUAAGAUUCCGAGCAUGGACCAUGAACUCAUACCCAGACUCAGGGAGUAUCUAAGAAAAAACGGUCAUGAAGUUACAGCUGAGGAACUUAUCAACCAAAUAGCCACGGAUGACGUCAGAGCUUCAUUCCAGAGGGCGCUGUUCAACCCGCCAGGUGAAGACCUUAUGAACGCUGCUAUGGCGGCGAGGGAGAAACUGAAAUGCGAGUGGAUGGCGUUUUUUGAACGGCAUCAGUUAGACUGCUUGUUAAUGCCCGCCAGCAAGAUCCCACCUAUGACUCUAAUUAGCGCCUUGGAAUCAAACAGCGCAGUUAAGACGGCACGAAUAAACGAAAAUGCCGACUGUGCGAGUAUUUUGGACAACCCGUCCAUUGUCAUCCCGGGGGGUUUUACCAGGGGGAGUGGGGUACCAUUUGGCAUGCAGAUAGAUGGAUUAACUGGGAAUGAUAGGUUAUUGAUUGCUGUAGCAAUGACUAUAGAGAAAUCAUUAGAUCUUUCUAGUAACAACAAAGUUUAGAAACAACCCACUUUUCGAUAUGUAAAUUUUGAUGGACACCCAAUACACAUUUGUUUGUAUUUCUUAAUGUUUUUCUGUAGAAAAAAAACCCAAAAAUGUAUAAAGCUCUGUCUUUCCAACACAAAUCAGUCUUUAACUGCAAAGUUUGAGUGUAUUUAAUAAACAAAGACUUAAUAAUAAUAUAAUGUAUAUUAAAGGGAGAAUUUGCCUUGAAUCGGGCGAGAUGAUCUAUAGAAAGCGUGUGAAACCGUUUGUUAUUAUUGCAUGUGGUUAUAGAAAGAUGUUUUAAAAGUAGAAUAUAAUCCACACAAAAUAUUUCAUAAAGUCUGUAAGCACAGUAAACUUGCUAAGCAUGGCACAGGGUACGUUUUACUGUUAGUCCAGCACUAUUGUUUUGUAUCAGUGUUAUUGCUGAUUAAAUAAUAUAAUGAUUAUUAAUCCUAAUGAUGAUGAUAGUUGAACACAUCCCUUGGAAUAUAAUGUCUGUCUGAAAUGUCG